UCUCGCUGACAGGACGGCUGAGCUGACCGACGCGCGCUCCUCUUCUCAGCUGUCGGUGAAACGCUUUGAAUCACAGGCACAGGUCGGUGUCUAAAAGCCCGCUCUCCCGGGAGCCUGCGGCGAAGUCGCUACGGCGGCGGAGACUGAAAAACUUUCGAUCCAGCCCAACAAGGUUUUGUGGUGCAAUGAUGACGAAAGUCGGAGAAGUUCUCCUGCUGUUGUUGCUUCCAGCCUUUGUGCCGCACACAGACGGAACGCGUUAUAGCUUACCUGGCAAGCCCACAGAGAUCAAAUGCCGUUCUCCAGAGAAAGAGACCUUCACAUGCUGGUGGAAGCCAGGAUCUGAUGGGGGCCUGCCUACUACAUAUGCUCUCUACUAUCGAAAAGAAGGUUCUGACGUAGUGCACGAGUGUCCUGACUACCACACAGCUGGGAAGAACUCCUGCUUCUUUAACAAGAACGACACCGUCAUCUGGGUCAGCUACAACAUCACCGUGGUGGCCACCAACGCACUGGGCAAGACCUACUCUGACCCUGUGGAUAUAGACGUGGUCUACAUUGUCAAGCCUCAUCCUCCAGAAAAGCUAGAAGUGACAGUAAUGAAGGAUCAGGGCUGGCCUUUUCUUCGAGUGUCUUGGGAACCACCUCGUAAGGCUGACACCCGCUCUGGUUGGAUCACUCUAAUCUAUGAGCUCCGCGUCAAGUUGGAGGAGGAGGAAAGUGAGUGGGAGAAUCACGUUGCGGGCCAGCAGAAGAUGUUUAAUAUUUUCAGCCUGCGGUCAGGUGGUACAUACCUUAUUCAGGUGCGCUGUAAGCCCGAUCACGGCUUUUGGAGUGAAUGGAGUUCCACUUCCUACGUCAAAGUUCCAGAGUAUCUCCAUCGGGAAAAGUCUGUCUGGAUCCUCAUUUUAGUCUUUUCUGCCUUCAUUUUACUGAUCCUCAUAUGGCUGAUACACAUGAAUAGCCACAGUCUGAAACACUGCAUGCUGCCACCAGUCCCUGGUCCUAAAAUCAAAGGCUUUGACAAGCAGCUUCUCAAGAGUGGCAAGUCUGACGAGGUGUUCAGUGCACUGGUGGUGUCUGACUUCCCACCAACCACGUCUAACUAUGAGGACUUGCUGGUAGAAUACUUAGAAGUGUAUGUGCCAGAACAGCAGGAACUGAUGGUCGACGAAGGCAAGGAUCAUGAUGGCUGCCUGAAAUCCAUAGGCUCGGCAUCCGACAGUGACUCUGGCCGGGGCAGCUGUGACAGUGACAAUCUGUUGAUGGAUAAGAGUGGCGCGGCAAAAGAGGAACAGCAGCAACAAAAUCAGGAGGGAGAUCAAAUUGGGACGGAGACACAAGGGCCCAAAGAAGCCUGGGAGAAGGAAACGAUGCUAUGUGCUAAUGAAGAUGUAGUUAGCCCUGAUGCAUCAAGUAAGAAGGUUAAGACCUGGCCUUCUGUGUUUUCCCCAGUGACUCCGUACAGCCCAAGCCCACUGGAUCCACACAACUCACUUGAGAUGCACAAACAGAAUUGCCUUUCUGACACCCAGUUUCCUCCGGGCUCCCCAUCCUCAGACCACUGCAUCAAAAAGGCUCUCCAGUCAAGCUACUGGGAGGUCUGCUUUAAUAAUAAUCAACCUUAUCCCCAGACAGAUGUCCACCAGCAACUCCAGGCCCACAGCGAUCGCAACAUCUCAGCCAUCAAUGACGGAAAUGUGCCCAGUAAUCUGCUGUUGCCCACCCGGAUGACAGAGUAUGUUGAAGUGCAAAGGCUCAAUGAGGAGAAUAAGGUGCUUCUCCAUCCUAUUCCUUCAGGCCAUAGCCGUGAAAAAGCCUGCUCCUGGGUAGGACAUAGAGACAACUACAGCAAAGUGAAAGGGGUAAACAGUGACAAUGUGCUGCUGCUCCAGAGAGACGUGGUGGAAGAAGAGAGCAUGGAAAUGGCUGGAGCAGCCGAGAGCUGCUACACAUCUUCCAUCGCUAUUAACACUCCUAAGCCAACAACCUGCAGUCACAUUGCCCUGCCGGUCCAGGAGGAAAGGGUUCUGGCAGUAAGUGGGUAUGUCGACACUGCCACUAUGUUCUCCCUGGACACUUAGUAGACAUGCCAGCCCAAAUUGGCAGUUGUAGAACAUUGCAAGAGGCAGGGACUGAAAGAUACAAAAAAGCACUAACACUCCUUAAAAAAAAAAAAAAUUGCCAA